CAAGCCCGUGGAAAAAAGUGACAUUUUCAACCUGAGGCCGUCUCUCUGCUUCGUCAAAGACAUCUUGCGGGUUGCGCGAAUUCGAAAAAGUGUGCGGAAAAUCAGCCCGGAAAGUGCUCCAUUCGUGUGGAAAACUACGGAAGACGGUGUCCCGGCCAGAACAAAACUAACAAAACAUGGCUGCCAGCACUAGCGGUGAUAAAGCAGCGGAUGAUUCACUUUACCCGAUCGCGGUCCUAAUCGACGAGCUCAAAAAUGAGGACAUUCAGCUUCGCCUAAACUCGAUCAAAAAGCUGUCCACGAUCGCGCUCGCGCUCGGCGAGGAACGCACCCGCACCGAGCUGAUCCCGUUCCUGACGGAGACGAUCUACGACGAGGAUGAGGUGCUGCUGGCGCUGGCCGAGCAGCUGGGCAACUUUACCGCCCUCGUCGGCGGGCCGGACUUUGCGAUGUACUUGAUUCCGCCGCUCGAGUCGCUCGCCACCGUCGAGGAGACGGUGGUGCGGGACAAGGCGGUCGAGUCGCUCCGGAUCGUGGCGGCCCAGCACAGCGCGCAAGAUUUGGAGGUGCACGUGGUGCCGACGCUGCAGCGGUUGGUCUCCGGGGAUUGGUUCACCAGCCGUACGUCGGCGUGUGGGUUGUUUUCGGUGUGCUACCCGCGGGUGUCGGCCGCCGUGAAGGCCGAGCUGCGCAACAACUUCCGGCAGCUGUGCCAGGACGAGACGCCGAUGGUGCGCCGGGCUGCGGCCGGCAAGCUGGGCGAGUUCGCCAAGGUCGUCGAGGUGGAGUACCUCAAGUCGGACCUGAUUCCGAUGUUUGUGCAGAUGGCGCAGGACGAUCAGGAUUCGGUCCGACUGUUGGCCGUCGAGGCUUGCGUCAGCAUCGCCCAGCUGCUGCAGCAGGACGACGUGGAGCAUAACGUUAUGCCAACUCUGCGUCAGUGCGUCAACGAUUCGUCCUGGCGCGUGCGUUACAUGGUUGCGGAGAAGUUUACCGAUCUGCAGAAGGCCGUUGGUCCGGAAAUCACCAAGACCGAUUUGGUUCCGGCGUUCCAGUAUCUGCUGAAGGACACCGAGGCGGAGGUUCGUGCCUCGGCCGCUACCAAGGUGACCGACUUCUGCUCGAAUCUGGACAAGGGCAGCCAGGAACAGAUCAUCAUGACCUCGAUCCUGCCGUACGUCAAGGAACUGGUGGCCGACCCGAACCAGCACGUCAAGUCUGCGCUGGCCUCCGUCAUCAUGGGACUGAGUCCGAUCCUCGGCCGGAACAACACAAUCGAGCAUUUGCUUCAGCUGUUCCUGCUGCAGCUGAAGGACGAAUGGCCCGAGGUCCGGCUGAACAUCAUCUCCACCCUGGACUGCAUCAACGACGUCAUCGGAAUCCAGCAGCUGUCGCAGUCGCUGCUGCCGGCCAUCGUCGAGCUCGCCGAGGACUCCAAGUGGCGUGUCCGGCUGGCCAUCAUCGAGUACAUGCCCCUGCUCGCCGGCCAGCUCGGCCAGGAGUACUUCAACCAGAAGCUGCGCGAUCUGUGCUUCAACUGGCUGAACGACCACGUGUACGCGAUCCGCGAAGCGGCCACCCUCAACAUGAAGAAGAUUGUACAGACAUUCGGCACGCAGUGGGCCGAAACGAACAUUAUUAAUCAGAUUUUGGUCAUGUACAAGAACAGCAACUAUCUGCACAGAAUGACCUGUCUGUUCUGUAUCAACGCCCUAGCUGACGUGGUCGGCGCCGACAUCAUCAAGCGGCUGUUCCUGCCCACGAUCAAGGUGCUGUCGACGGAUCCGGUCGCAAACGUGCGCUUCAACGUCGCCAAAACGCUGCAGAAGCUGUCGCCCUUCCUGGACCAGGCGGCGAUCGACGAGCACGUGAAGCCCAUCCUGGAAAAGCUAAACACCGACACCGACGUGGACGUCAAGUAUUUCGCCUCGGAAGCGAUGGUCGGAAUUGCCGCCGCCUAAAAUCAUCCAGGACAGAGUUUUGUAUGCAUUGUUAAGUAAGAAAGGAAGAAAAUAAAGCCCAUUGCUAUUUAAAGGAAAAAAACAACAACACACACACAUUACUUAUCUAACUGAACACACAAGCGAGGAAGCGGAAGAGGAGGUCGUUCAAUCUCUUUUCACCUGUGACGAACGUUUCUUCGCCUUCGCGACAAAUUAAGUUUCCGAGAUUCCCGUUUUGGCCCAACAAAGAAAAAGAAACCAGUCCUGCUUUACACACACACCGCAUGUAGUGGAAAAAUCGUGUUUAGAAAUGAAAAAAAAAACAAAACAAAAUGGUAGUUGAUUAAAGUUCUUAAUUGUUGAUAAUUGUGCAAAUUAUGGCUACUUUUUUAUACUUACAAAAUACACACUCAAAAAAUAAGAAACAGAACGUACGCAAAUGCGGGUUUAUUGGUACAUUUUAACCGGAAAUAGAAACGGCAGCCGAAUCGCGCGGUAGGACAUCUAGACACUCACACCAACUCAUUUUCGCAUUUUCUUUUGUUUUCAUGGCUUGAUGUGUGUUGACGAAUCAUCAGUUAUCAGAGUUUUUUUUUAUUUCGGCGGAGAAUUGUGAAGCAAAAUACACACACACACACAUUCAGACACAGUGAAAGUAAUCUAAACAAAACAAAAAAACAAUGGUGGAAAUUAUGAACGCAACUGCAAGUAUAUCCAAUUACAUUAAACUAAGUUUACUAUUAAUGAUGAAUACACUAAACGUAAGGAGAUAAUUUAACAAACCAAUAAAAGUCCAAUUCAGGAGUAAA